AUGGACUGCCUAUCGCUCUACCGCCUGGAUGGAAACGUGAAGAGUGUAUCCGUCAAAAUGGCCUAUGUACUGGGAAAACUGAUGUUUACUAUAUCAGAUGGUGAUAAGAUUCGAACGAAGCACGAGAUGAAAGCCAUCUUAGGUGACGGCUAUGACUUAUCAUUCUUCGACUGGCGUUCUGGCAAAUUUGUGAGCCCCUCCGCUAAAGUGCGUCGUUCCGAAGACUGCACUGAGCCGAGCGCUCCAAAAAUUCCUCGUGCUGAUAGUCCGGUCCUUCCUUUCGUUCGCCGCACCAGUCCUCCUAACAACUUAGCACCGUUCGUCAUCCGCUCUCAUCCUGAUUGCAAACGGAGUGAUGCAAAGAAUAUUCAACAAGAACCCCCACACCAGUUGUUUUGGGAAAAACGCUUUACCGAUGUGUGUGCCGUAGAUCCUGACACUGGCGAAGCUUUUAAGCCAUUGCCCCUUCCGAGAGGCAUCCAAACUGCCGGUGUGCCGGGCUACAAACCCGCACAGCUUGUGCAAAGCAUCAUCCAUGCUCUCAAUACCAGGGAAAUUCCCAUUAUCGGUCAGGAACAGCCACCAUCAGCCGUGGAAAAGAACCCUUGCGUCGCAGUUAACCCGGUCCAACCUAUGAUCAAGACUUGCAUUGUGUCAGAUGAUGACAUUCGAAGGCAAGAAGCCCGUGUUAAGGAGCUCCGUAGAAAACUAGAAUUGGCUCGAAAAAAGCUAAACCCCCGCUACUCUACCGAAAGACAUGGAUGA